UCCAAGCUAUAUAAGCCGCCGCUGUUGUACGCCGCUUCCUCCAUCCACUAGCUGCCCGGCCGGCCGGCUAGCGGAGAAACAGCCCGCCCGCUCGCCUCUGCCUCUGCCCCUGCACGCCCAAGAUCCUCAGGCCGGGCCGGCCGCGUGGCAGUGCCGCGCGCGCGCGAGAGCGAGAGGGAUCCAUGGGCGUCUCCGAGGAGGCGGCGCGGGUGUGGGCGGAGCUGCCCGUGCGGGUGGACUGGGCGGCCGCGGCGGCGCAAUGCGCGUCCCUGUGGGCGCACGCGCGCGCGCUGCUGGUCGCGCCAGCGGUGCGGGUCCUGGUGCUCCUGUCGCUGGCGAUGACCGUGAUGAUACUGGCGGAGAAGCUGUUCGUCUGCGCCGUGUGCCUCGCCGUGCGGGCGCUCCGGCUCGGCCCGGACCGGCGCUACCGCUGGGAGCCCAUCGGCGGCGGAGUCGGAGACGAGGAGGAGGAGUCCGGGUCCGGCCACGGCGCCAAGUACCCCAUGGUGCUCGUGCAGAUCCCUAUGUACAACGAGCGGGAGGUGUACAAGCUGUCGAUCGGGGCGGCAUGCGAGCUGGAGUGGCCGUCGGAGCGCUUCAUGAUCCAGGUGCUGGACGACUCCACGGACCCCGUUGUAAAGGAUUUGGUGGAGACGGAAUGCCAAAGAUGGAAGAGCAAAGGCGUGAAUAUAAAGUACGAGGUGAGGGGGAACCGGAAGGGGUACAAGGCCGGCGCGCUCAAGGAAGGACUGAAGCAUGACUACGUCGAAGACUGCGAGUACAUCGCCAUGUUCGAUGCUGACUUCCAGCCCGAGCCUGAUUUCCUCCUAAGGGCUGUCCCAUUCCUUGUGCAUAACCCGGAGAUCGCCCUCGUCCAAGCUCGCUGGAAAUUCGUUAAUUCUGGUGAGUGUCUGCUGACGAGAUUCCAAGAAAUGUCCUUGGACUACCAUUUCAAGUAUGAGCAAGAGGCAGGCUCCUCACUGCAUUCAUUCUUUGGCUUCAAUGGGACAGCCGGUGUCUGGAGGAUUGCAGCUAUCGAUGACGCCGGGGGCUGGAAGGACCGGACGACGGUGGAGGAUAUGGACCUGGCUGUCCGUGCGAUGCUGCAGGGCUGGAAGUUUGUUUACGUCGGCGACAUAAAAGUCAAGAGUGAAUUGCCUAGCACGUUCAAGGCAUACCGGUUUCAGCAGCACAGGUGGUCUUGUGGACCGGCAAACCUGUUCAAGAAAAUGAUGGUAGAGAUUUUAGAAAACAAGAAAGUGUCAUUGUGGAGCAAAAUCUACUUAUGGUACAAUUUCUUCUUCGUUGGGAAGGUCGCUGCCCACACGGUGACAUUCAUCUACUACUGCUGUGCGAUCCCCGUGUCUGUUUUGCUUCCUGAGAUUCAGAUACCUCUCUGGGGAGUUGUCUAUAUCCCGACGCUCAUAACCCUCUUGAAGGCUCUUGGCACACCAAGUUCGUUUCACCUGGUGAUCCUCUGGGUUCUGUUUGAGAAUGUCAUGUCACUGCACCGGAUUAAAGCUGCAGCAAGUGGUCUUCUGGAUGCUGGUGGACGAGUCAAUGAGUGGGUUGUCACCGAGAAGUUGGGCGACACCAGCAAGGCAAAGCCUGGCGCCAAUGGAUCAGAUGAUGUAAAGGUGAUAGAUGUAAAGCUAACAGAACCCCUCGUUCCCAAGCUAGUGAAGAGGCGAGCAAGAUUUUGGGAGAGGUACAACUGCUCAGAACUUUUCGUUGGAACCUGCAUACUUCUGUGUGGUUUCUAUGACUUGCUUUUUGCAAAGAAGGGAUACUACAUUUUUCUCUUCCUUCAAGGCACGGCUUUCCUUGUUGUUGGCUUUGGGUAUGUCGGCACACUACCUCAUUGCAAUGCAUAAGCUGGCAUGGACAAUUCAUAUACCUUCUUACUAGAAACAGAUCAAGCAAAGUUCCUCUCUCCUGCCCAUAUGGAACUUCAAUGAUAGUUGAGCAAUAUUCCCAUGAUCAGUCUUGGCCAGACAUGAUUCACUGCCAAGAAGGUUGUUCAGAUGUCGUCGUCACUCUUCUGUCAGUCUUUAUUGUCAAGAAGGCCAUUCAAAUAGUGUCACCGUUCCAAAUUUAUAAUAACAGUGUUUACUGAAGCAUCAUGACAUACAAGAAUGAUUGGUGCAGCAGCAUUUAGUAAACAUCCCGUAGAGAUGCAGUUCACAGUCGUGAAAGAACUGCAGCUGCUGUAAAUGGAAUAGCACCAGUUGCCAAUUUCUGUAGAUCUCCGAACUUUUUUUUGGAAAUUUUGUGAUAUUACUCAGAGUUCAGAUCAAUAAUGGAAGAUUGUUGGCUUCCUCAGUUCAUAACCUGUGUAUGCUUAAAACUUGUAAAUGUAAAUUGUUAUUGACACUAAUAAUUUUGUCGAACCCAGGCAGUUCUUGAAA